AUGACAAAAUGUCUUCUCAAGGCUCUCAAAGCUGUUGAUCUGGAAAAUCAUGUUGAAUUAUUUCGUUCACUUGGCUAUGAUUCAGCUGGUGCAUUAGCACAUUUUCAUAAAGAACAUUUUAAACGAUUAAUUUUAACUCAACAAGAAUUACUUCGUUUUCAUGCAUUACUUGAUGUUCUUAAAGAAGCAACACGUGAAGGUAAAAUAUGUCCACAUUAUUCAAAAGCAAAUAAACCAAUCAUUUCAAAAAGUGCUUCAAUUCAUGGAGGAAGUAGUGAAUCAAUUCAAUAUCGAAAUUCUCAAUUAACUAAAACAAAUGUUCCACAAUAUAGACAUCAAUCAAAUGAAAAUUUACAAUCAAAAAGAAUAUCGAGUUCACUUGGAAUUACAGGACGUUUAUCAUCAGCAUCUGUAGCAAAUAAAAGUCAUGCAAAUGGUUUUAUUUUGCAAAGACCAACAUCAGCUCUUAAUCAACAACCAAAAACAAAUAAUCAACAAUUUUUUGGACCAAAAUCAAUUGUAAAUCGACCAGCUGUACAACACGUUAAAGUAAAAUCAUAUAAUUAUGGUGUACCAACAAACAAACGUCAACGAAAUGUUUCUCAUCGUAAUCAUUAUCAGCAUGAAGCAGUACAAAAUCAUUCUUCCAUAUUUGUUCCAUCACAUACUAGUACAAAUGAUAUAAUUUCCUAUGCAAAACCAGCUGAAAUCUAUGUUUAUGCUCGUAAACGACCAUUACUCUUAAGUGAAAUUGAUUUUUAUGAUACAAUAUCAGUACUUGAUAAUAAACAUCUAAUUAUAGCAGAAAAUAAAGCUAAUGUUGAUUGUACAUCAUCACUUAAAAAGACUGAAUUUCAAUUUGAUCAAGUUUUUGGUUCUGAUGCAUCAAAUAAACAAGUAUUUGAAAGUACAGUUUUACCAUUUAUAGUAUCAAAUCAUCGUCAUAAUCUAACAUACAUUUGUUUUGGUCAAACAGGAUCUGGUAAAAGUCAUACAAUAUUUGGUAGUAGAAGUACGGAUGGUUUACUUAUUCAUUGUACACAAUUACUUUUAAAAGAAAUUAAUUUACAAAAUAAACUUAUUUGUUCAUUUUAUGAAAUUUAUAAUAAUCAAGUUUAUGAUCUUAGUAAUACUGGAAAAAGAUUAUAUGUACGUGAAGAUGGUGAACAUCGUGUUAAUAUUGUUGGUAUAACGGAAAUAGUAUUAAGAAAUUUAGAUACAUUAAGAUCUGUAAUAAGUGAUGGACUUUCGAGAAGACAUCAUGGAAAAAGUGCAUUCAAUUCUAAUUCAUCUCGAUCACAUGCAAUUUUUCAAAUAAUAUUAAAAAAUACGUCUAAUCAAGCAGAUAAUUUUCGACUUAUAUUUAUUGAUUUAGCUGGAAGUGAACGUGCAACAGAUGCUCAAAAUAAUCAACGAGAAACACGCCGUGAAGGUGCACAAAUAAAUUCUUCAUUAUUAGCUUUAAAAGAAUGUAUUCGUUCAAUGGAUAUGACACAAUCUCAUGCACCAUUUCGACAAAGUAAACUAACACAUAUAUUACGUGAUUCACUUGUUGGAUCAAAAACUCGAACAUGUUUAAUGGCGAAUGUUUCACCACCUGAUGAUUGCUGUCAAUGUUCAUUAAAUACACUUCAAUAUGCAUCACGAAUUCGUGAUAUUAGUAUUAGACAUCGACAUCGAUCAAUGUCACUAACUAAUAUACAAAGAAAUCAUUUUGAAGAUGAACAACAACAGCAUGUAGUAACAUCAACAGUUCGAGAAAGACCACAAAAAACAUUUAAACCAGCAACAGCUUCAACACCAGUUCAUCGAUUAGUUUCUUCAGUUGACCAUCGAACUUACAUGUCAACAAAUCAAUCAGGUAUCAAUAAUUAUAAAAGAACAACAACAAAAUCAGAUGAUAUUAAUUGGCAAAUACCAGAUAAUGAUAUUCCUAUAAGUGGUAGUGGUGAUAAUCCACGUUUAAAAUCUACUCUUUCUUCAACACGUGAAUUUCUGUCAAAUAUGAAUACUAAUAAUCAAAAUCAAAGUAGUAGUUUUUAUUUAACUCGUUAUGAACAAUCAAGAAAAAAAACAAUUGAUCGAGAUGGAAGUCCAUCAAGUUAUUUUCCAUUACCACAAUCUGAUAUUAAAAAAUCAUCAAUAAUUCAGACGAAUGAUAUUAAAAAAUCUUCAUUAAUUCAAACAAAUGAAAUUAAAAAACCAGAACAAUGGAAAACAGUUCCAGCUCCUCCUGUUCUAUCAGCACGACGUUAUUCUGAUUCAUCAACUGAACCACAAAGUACAACACGAAUUAUUCCAAUAGCACCUAUUCCACUGUCAGAUGAUAAUCAAUAUAGUAGUGCAACAGGUACUGAAAGUCUUGGAACAAAAAUAACAAAAUUAGCAACGGGUAUUCGUCCUCAUAAAAGAUCUCAUAAACGAAAUGCUUUUAUUGAAAAAUUAAAUUUACAUAAACAAUAUGAUACAGGAGGUACAACAACAUUAACAGCCGAUACUGAUCAAGGAAUUUAUUCUGAUCGACAAGCAACACAUAGAGAUCAAACUGGAUUUUUUAGUAAUCGUGAUGAUGAACCAAUAUAUGAAAAUAAUCUUAAAUCAAGUCAUUUAACGACAAUAGCUCAGGUAGCAUCACCAACAGCAACUCCAAAGAAUACAUCUUACCAUCAUCAACAUCAUAAAUCUGAUGUUAUAUCAUCAUCAUCGAAAAAAUCAUUUUCAUCACCAAAUAAAGCGCAUCAUCGUCAUCAACCUAUAGAAUCUUCAUCAUCAUCAACUAGUUUAACUAGUAUGGAUUCAAAAAAACAUCAUUAUUCAUCACCAAAACGUCGUCAUCGAAUAGUUCCAUAUCAUAAUAAUCAAAACUAUUCGGAUUCAGAAGAUUAUAAUCAACAACGAAAAACAUAUUCAACACGUAAUGAAUCAUGUCAAACAAGGAAUAAUAUUCAUAAAAUGAAAAAUGAACAAGAACAAACAGAAGAUCAAUUUUUACUUGAACAAUUUUCUGAUCCAUCAUCAAAUAAUUUUAUGCAAGCACCACUUGAUCAAGUUAAACGACAUUAUACUCAAACAUUAUCAACAUCAACACCAUUAAUUUCACCAUUAAAAGAAUAUGGUGUACAUGUAUCGGAUCAAUUAAAUACUUUACGUACAUUACUUGAAACAAGACUUAAAGAACAAGAUGAUGUACAUCAUUAUACAAAAGAUUCAUCAAUAUUACAAACAUCACCAGGAACAUUUACGAAAGAAUUUCUUCAAUCAUAUCAACAAACAAAAUAUAAAGAUAAUCCAACUGAACUUAUUAGUGAUCUUGAUGAUGAUGAUGAUAUUAAAAAUAGACAACAAAUAAAAGACAAAUAUAGUUAUUAUGAUACAAAUCGAGAUAAAUAUCAAAGUGAUAUUUUAUCAACAUCAACAGUAUCUUCAAAUCAACAUGAAUCAUCUCUUAUAGAUGAAGUUAAUCAAGCAAAAAUUCGUCCAAGUGCAACAACUUCAACAAUAACAACAGUUACACCAAAUUAUGCAGAUAAAAUUCAUUCAUAUGAAUCACGUGUGUUAUCCAAUUCUGCUAAUGGUCUUUAUUCUCAUCAAUCAAUUAAUAAAACUCAUCAAGCAUCUAUUAGUAAUAGUGAUGUUAUAGGAAAUACAAGUAAUCCAACAAGUGACAGUGAACAUAUAUCAGAAGUUAUAUCAAGAUCACAAAAUCCAUAUACUCGUACUUUAUCAGGAGGUUCACUAACGCCUUACUCUCCAACACGUUCACCACUUUCAAUGUCAUUAUUAAAAACAUUCGAUAAAACAAAUGGUACUCAUAAUGAUUAUAAUCAUUCACCGGACAUUGGUAAAAGUAGUUCUCUUCUUACAGGUACAUCAUUUGAUGUAUUAAUGAGUAAUCUUAAAAGUAUGCGUGAAAAAGAUCUGGAUUUGAUUAUUCAUAAUAAUGAUGAUAAUCUCAUUCGUCUUGACGAUUAA